UGGCUUCCACUCUCGCCACCCACAUUUUCCCCUUUCUAUAAAGAACCUCAGCCCCAAGAACCCAUAGUAAAAUCCCCGCGACAUUCCCCUCAACUCGCUCGCCGCAAUGCCAGGCCCCGGCGGCGGCGUCCUCCUGCUCCUCGUCCUCGCGGCGCCGCUUGCCACGGCGUGGCGGCCCUGGCCGCCGCGCGACGCCAGCGGCGCCAUCGACCCGGGCUUCGGCGCGUCCAAGAAGUUCGAGGGGUCGUCGGACUUCGUCAAGCUGGAGUACCACAUGGGCCCGGUCCUCGCCGCCGCCAUCACCGUCCACCCGAUCUGGUACGGCGCCUGGCCCGCCGAGCAGAAGCGCACCAUCCGCGCCUUCCUCCGCUCCCUCUCCGACCAGAAGGUCCCCUCGCCGUCCGUCGCCGACUGGUGGCGCACCGUGCAGCUCUACACGGACCAGACCACGGCCAACGUGUCGGCGACGGUGGCGCUGGGCCAGGAGAAGACCGACGCGCGCAUGUCCCGCGGCGCGUCGCUGUCCCGGAUGGACAUCCAGUCCGUGGUGCGCGACGCGGUCACCGCGCGCACCCGGCCCCUCCCGGUCGACGCCGGCGGGGUUUACCUGGUGCUCACGUCCACGGAGGUGCUGGUGGAGAACUUCUGCGGGCAGGUGUGUGGAUUCCACUACUUCACCUUCCCGUCCGUGGUCGGCUACACGCUCCCCUACGCGUGGGUCGGCAACUCGGCGCGCCGGUGCCCGGAGGUGUGCGCGUACCCGUUCGCCAUCCCGGCGUACGUGCCGAACCGGAGGCCCGAGGCGCCGCCGAACGGGGACGCCGGCGUGGACGGCAUGGUCAGCGUCAUCGCGCACGAGCUGGCGGAGAUGGCGUCCAACCCGCUGGCCAACGCGUGGUACGCCGGCGGGGACCCGUCGUUCCCCACCGAAAUCGCGGAUCUGUGCGAGGGGAUCUACGGCACCGGCGGCGGCGGCGCGUACACCGGCCAGCUGCUCACCGACGGGCGGUCCGGCUCGUCGUACAACGUGAACGGCGUCGGGGGGCGCAGGUUCCUGGUGCAGUGGGUGUGGGACCCCUACCGCAGCUACUGCUCCGGCCCCAACGCGCUCGACCAGCACUAGCGUCGCCGUCGCGCCUGCCGCAUCUAUAGCGGUGGCGAGUAGUAGUAUUCCUCCAUGGAUUCCUUGCUCUGAAUCCAUGGCUACGGGAGCGUGUAUAGAGUCCGUGAACUGCAGCAGCAUGGUCGUGAUCCGAGCUUGCUCCUUUCCUCGGGGACGAACGGGUGGUUGCUGUGUCUGCUUACGGGCA